GUUCGGCCCUUUUAUACAGAGUUUCAUUUGGAUGCUUUUUGUGAAUUCCACAUACUGUAAUCAGUGUUGCAAUGUCAUCUUUAGGAAGAGGGAAUACGCAAGCACUGCUACAAAAGCAAAUGUCUUUUGCUAGCAGCCAUAUGCCUAAAUCAGAAGAAACUGAUGCCCUCGAAGGCAUAAACAUUCACACUUCUACCAAGCACACGAAUACCAGCAUGGGAUGGAUAUGCUGUGCGCCUUGUAUUUGGUUGCGCACAUCAACAACCGUUCACAAAAUUGCAAUAACGGCGGCUACGUUUUUAGUGACGUCACUAUUAGUUGCAUCGCCAAUAUUAUUUCUUAUAAGCACAGCGCCUUCACGACUCCCAAGAGAAUGCAUUUCUAGUGACGAUGACUGUUACUUGGAGUCAUCUGCAGCAAAGGAAUGCUCAGACGUAGUAUGUAGAAUAGUUUCCACAAGUAUUCAAGCAAGCAUUGACUGGAAUGCGGACCCCUGCUCAGAGUUCAAGAAUUUCAGCUGCACCGGCAAUCAGAUGGGGAAGAGUACAACGGCAAUGCGAAGCAUUCAAGAGACUGUUGACAUUCAAAUACAAUAUCUUCUUCAACACAACACCACAAGCGGACCAUUUCGGAAACUCGGUCGACUCUUUAGCAGCUGUCUACGCCAAACUACAAAUUCUUCCACCAUCAAAUACGUAUUGGAACAGUUAGGCGGUUAUCUUCCUGUUGGUGCGGUUGGUCCUAUAUCGAUCUCUUCUCUGAUUAAGAAAAUUUAUAAUUUGGGACCUACUCCUCUUGUUGAUAUAUAUUAUGACUUGAGCUAUGGUCGUCGUCCACAAGUCAUUUUAAUAAUAAGUGAACCGGGAAUUUCAUCCCCAAUUUUAGAGAAUAAUAUUCGUUGGUCUGGACCAAAAGCACCGCCGCAUCAGUUCAAACAGGAAAAAUAUAAACUCCUUAAUCAAUUAUUGGAUGAUUUUUUACCAAAAGAGCUUUCUUUUGAUCAAAAGAAUACGGAAAAGGAGGCUAUAACGGCAUUUAUCACCGAAAUCAACCGCAUUCGUCUAGAACAUUCACUUCGUGGCUUCUGGAAUAGCUCAGUAUUGUACAAUAUCUCUUCUUUGCAAGAAAUGUAUCCAAUUCUCGAUUGGGCCGACUUAAUACCGAAAGAAUGGAAUAAGCCGAUUGUUGUUCGAAGUUCGGAUUAUUUGAAAGCUCUGGAACUGAUCCUAGUAAAGCAUUCCACCAGAGUUGCACAUAACUCGAUUCUUGCUCUUUUUGCUCUUGGGAUAUUGCCGCAAGAUAGACCAAGCCCAACAAUAUGUACACGAGCUACAAUGUGGGCGCUACCAGAUAUCACUUCUGCACUUUUCAUGGCAUACUAUUCAAAAAGUGACCUCCACAGCUAUAUUCAAAGGACUGAUCUAAUUUUCAAAUCCCUUAAAGCGCACUUAAAGCGUGCCCCUUCACUUAAAGGAGCAGCAUUGGUAAAAUUAUCAUCACUAAGAAUUCAAUCUCAGCCCUGGGAAGGUUUCACUAACAUAACAACAGCGACAAAGGAGCUGGAGUCAAUGGAUAUAUCUUCUGACAAUUGGUUCCAGAAUAUAUUGAAAAUAUUUAAAAGAAAUAAAUUGGAUCCGAAUUCAUAUAAAAUGGACGUUAAUUCACAUGAUACAUGGGCUUAUCCGAUUGUCGCAAAAAUAUUUUAUGACACAUUAAGUCACUCUAUUGUUGUACCUUUAUCGGUGAUACUAGUACCACAUUUCGACAGCAGAUUACCACCAUACAUACAGUACGCAUCAGUUGGCGUUCACAUUGCUAAGGAAAUUUUAAGAUCCAUCACAAAAAGCUUCGAUGACAAAGCAAUGCGUUGCGUUCCUGAGUCGGUGAAAGUCUUUUCUAACCACAGCCAAAUGGAUCUUCUUAUUCGCUCCGGAGGUAUGCAAAUAUCAUACCAUUCCAUGUUGUCUAUCACGGGACCACUGAAGGGAAUGGCGCGAUUACCUGCAUUAAAUUUAACUCCCACGCAAAUAUUUUUCUUGUUAUCGGCACAAGAAAUGUGUGAAGAAUCUGUGUACGCGGGCAUAGAUACGGACACUGCAGAUUUCGAACAUAUAUUGAUUUGGCUUGUCGCUCAAGGAGGAAAAGCUUCGGAGGAAUUUAAAUGUGCACCUGGAUCUGUGAUGUACGAUCAAAAAACUUGCAACGUAUUAUAAAAAUAUUCAACAUUACAUAGCUGAUGUGAUAAAAUUAUUAAAAUAAAUACAUAUGUUUGAAAUUACUAUAAUUUCUAAAAUUGA